UUUUAUACUGUUAAUAAAUCCGUGGAAGAAAAAGAAGCCGAAGUAAAACGUGUAUCAGCUGAGCUGGCUGAUGAGAAAACCUUGUCCACUUUAGUGCGUGAUUUUAUUCCACAGCGAUAAACCACUGAGAUGGAGAAUGAUGUUCUUGUGUCUCUGGAGGAUCUGGGGUACCAAGGCCCUCUGUUGGAGGAUGGAGCUCUGGACUCUGCUGUGAGCGGAGGAGCAGCUUCACCGGAGUUUAGCAAGCUCUGUGCCUGGAUCGUGUCCGAGCUCAGACUUUACUGCAAGCUGGACGAGAAUGUCCACGCUACCAACUGUCCGAGUGAGGCCGAAAGCUUCCAGCUGGAGAUGAGCGGUCUGUUGUCAGAGCUGGCCUGCCCUUACUCUGUCCUCACCAGCGGAGACCUCACCCAGAGGUUCCUCAGCAGGACCGACUGCCUGCUGCUCCUCACCUUCCUGGUGUCGGAGUUGGAGUCAUCAAGGAUGAUUCUCGUUAAUAAGCCGGAGAAGACGGCCCAGGAGUCGGGCAGCCCCGCGUUCCAGGAGCUGAAGGGUAUCUGCAUGGCACUGGGCAUGUCCAAGCCUCCAGCCAACAUCACCAUGUUCCAGUUCUUCAGCGGGAUCGAGAAGAAGCUGAAAGAAGCCAUUGGUAGAGUCCCACCAAAUUAUGUAGGAGAGCCUUUGUUGAAGAAGACUCUUGGGCCUGUGCACUUGGAAAAGAUUGAAGCCAUAAACCAAGCUCUUGUAAACGAGUACGAAGUGAGAAGGAAAAUGUUGUUGAAGCGUCUGGAUGUGACAGUGCAGUCGUUUGGUUGGUCAGACAGAGCGAAGUCGCAUGCUGAGAAGUUGGCCAAAGUUUACCAGCCCCUGCGAUCUGCCCUCAUCACCAACAGUAAAAUAUCCGUUGCUCACCUUCUUGCUGCUCGACAAGAUUUCUCCAAGAUCCUGCGCACAAGCAGCGGCAAGAUAAGAGAGAAGACUGCUUGUGCCAUUAACAAGGUUCUUAUGGGACGAGUGCCAGACAGGGGAGGCCGUCCCUGUGAGAUUGAGGCCCCACCUCCAGAGAUGCCCUCAUGGCAGAAACGUCAGGAUCCUCCGCAAGGUGGAGGACACUAUGGCGGGAGUGGGCACGGAGGAGGCAGGGGAGGCUAUGAUCACUACUCCCAAGGUGGCCGUGGAGGAUAUGAGAGAGGAGGCGGAGGCGGAGGAGGAGGACAUGGAGAAAGGGGGGGCAGAGGAAGAGGUGGGAAGGUGCAGGGAGGGUGGGGAGAAGGAGGCGGAGGAGGGAGAGGCAGUUACAAUCAAGGCCACUUUCAGGAUGCAGGAGGUUAUCAGGGGGGAGGAGGGAGAGGAGGGGGAAACCACCAAGGAGGCUUCCAGGACUCUGGCUUCCACGGAGGAGGAGGAGGAGGAGGAGGAGGAGGAGGAGGAGGAGGGGGGGCUGGAGGAGGUUACCACAACGACAACUUCCAUCAAGAUAGUGGGAGGCAUCAGGAUAGAGGAGGGGGGCGAGGUGGUCGAGGGGGCAGGGGAAGAGGAGGCCGAGGAGGAGGAGGAGGAGGAGGAGGACAAGGAGGAGGUGGGGGUUGGGGAGGGAGAGGGGGCCAGAAUUUUAACCAAGGAGGACAGUUUGAACAGUUCUUCCAACAUGGCGGGCAAAAUUACAGCCAGGCUGGCUUUAACCAAGGCAGACACUACACCAGUUGAAGACACAGUGUGGGGCAUCGCAGCAGAGUCCACUCAGAGAUGGACUGCUUACAAAUGCCUUAUCAUUUAACCUUUUCAGCAUGUUUAAGCUGUUGAAGGAGGACGUAGACUCAUACAGAUACUGCACACGCUCACUACAGACAGUUUUGGAGUUCUUGCUUGACAACAGAUGACAGUUCAAAUGUAGGACUUUACGUUUUCAUACUGGUGUGUUACUGGUUCCUCCACUCGUGUUCAAGCUCUGUUAAUGGUUUGUUGAUGAAUUGGGCUCUGCUGUUUUGACCUCAUUUGACACUUAAUUAGCCUUAUUGAACUUUAUUUUUUGUGGGAAAGACAGAAAAGUUGCUAAGAUUUGGUGUUGCUGCACUCACUAUGUAACAAACCUGAAGAGUGGUCAUCUCUAUCACAUGUACGACUCAUGAAACCCUUCAUAGCUCCGUUUGAUUUGAAGGUUACUUGAAAGUGGCGGCAUCUCUUCAGUCUUGAUUUUGUUUUUGUAGAUUCGACUGGAAUCUCCUUUGUUAUUUAUUCAGAAGAAGUCAUCAUGUUCUGCUAAAAGAAGACUGUGUGCAUACAAAUAUGGAAGUUAGAAGGUUUGCAUGGUUGUGUGAAUGAGCAAUAAAAUAUAAAAUGUAAACAUCA